AUGCCAUUAGUUAGAAAGAAGGAUGAAAAAUCUGGUGAAAUCUUUAGUGUAUUACAAGGAAAAGCAUUUAUUCAAACAGCAAAGUUUGAGAGAAAGACCCAAAUAGACAAUUGGAACGCUUGA